CACCUUCCUCGCCCUACCUUCCCGUGUCGCCUCUCUCUGCCUUUCUCUGCUGUGGGCGAAGACGAAAAGCUCAUCAUUAUCAUUGCCGAUCGUCUCUUCCUCCUGCUACUCCUCGUCUUGCGACUGCUGCCCGUGCAUAACUGGGCCUCUUCACGAGCUCUGACUACCGUAGUGUGCCUCUUGUUCAUCUUUUUUCACGUGAUCAGCUUCUUCUUCCCGCCGGAAGCCCGACGGCCUGGGCUGGCAUCCCGCCGUCCAUCAAGACUUCCAAACGCCCGCCGACAGCCGGAACGCCCCGCCAAUGAGUACCGUACCGAGGUCCAGUGUUACCCCCUCCGCCUCCUGCGCAGUAGGUAGAACACCGGAGGAAGAGAAUAACGAGAUCCAAAGCAAACACCAAUCAAGCUAGGAGAUUGCAAGCUGAAGUCGCACGCGUCAAAGCUACUAAGCUUCGUGCCCAUCGGCAGGCCGCUCGCGUGUGCCCGGCGUAUAUCGAUUCAAUGUAUUUGAAACGCCCGUGUCCGUCGAUCGGCUCACGUUCAGCAGCGAAUCCCCGAGGCUGAGAUGCCGUCGAUACCGAUGUCCACACCGAUGGGACUGGUGCCAACAGGGACCCCGACGCAGCGAGGAGUCGCACAGAAGCCCGGCUCUGACGAGCGCUCAAGAGGAACCUCCUCUCCUCCCGGCUACCGUCCGUGGCGGCCAGGGAGCUCGCGUGCGAUUUGGAGAUGUCGGCAGACAACACGCCGUCGCCGACGACUCCGUGCAGCUCGCCGUCGGGGGAAGGAAAGCGGAAAUUUUGCAAGGUUGAGGGUGGUGCACAAGAGGCCUCGGAGGAGCAGGGGGGAGGAGGGGGGCGUGGGGGGGGCGGGGGGUUGACCAAGAAGCGCAAGCCCAAUCGGGCAUCGGGCGGGAAAGACCGCCACUCCAAGGUGCAGACAUACCAGGGACUGCGUGAUCGACGCGUGAGGCUGUCCGUGCCAGCGGCGUUGGCGUUUUACGACGUGCAGGACCGGUUAGGCUUUGAGCAUCCGAGCUCAGCGGUGGAGUGGCUGCUCCAUCACGCUGCGCCAGCCAUCGCUAGUCUUCCGCAGCUGCCACCUCGCCUGGGGCAAGUGGGAUUAGCGGUUUCCCCUUCUGUUGCUGGCGGUACUGGAGGUCCGUUCUUUCAGUAUGACGGAGCAACAGCAGGAAGCGGAGGAGGAGAAGGAGGGGGGGGAGGAGGAGGAGGAGGAGGAGGAGGAGACGGAGGCGGCAGUCAUGGUGGUGGCGGGGUUGCUGGAGAGCAGCUGUUGAGCUUCGCCGUUCCGGCAUCUCGUAUGUCUGCGGCCAUGGCCUCUCAUCUUGCAUCUCCCCCAAGCUUUUCGUCUUCGCCCCUACCUACCAUGCCCUCUGUCUCGUCGAGCAGCAGCAGCCCCGUAGUGGCCGCACCCACGUUCCUCCAUCAAGCUCAACCUUUGCUGCCGCCUCCCUCCUCCUCAUUCGCUUCCCCGCGUCUAGCUGUCGUCGGUUGCUCGUCGGCCUCCUCGUCCGCCGCCGUCGUUGCCACAGCGGCGGCCGCCGGCGCUCCGUCGCCGUUGUCAGGACCGGGGGGGGCGGCCCGGUCGUCUCCGACGAGGGCACAGGCGCGCGCCGAAGCGCGCGCGCGGGCCAAAGCGCGCGUCGCGUCCAGAGAGGCUACGGAGCGCACGGGCAGCGGCGGAUCGUGUACGCUCUCUGCGCUGACACUGACUGCAGCCUGCAGUCCACCGGAAUCGUCAUCUAUCACUUCUGCUACCGCCGCGGGUACAUCAACGGCCACAACAACAACAACAACAAUAACGACAGCACCAAUAGGAACAUCAACAACUGGAACGACGAUGACAUCGACGGCGACACCACCGCCAAUCGCGGCAACUCAGCCUGCGACAAGCCCACCCUCUUCUUCGCCUUCUCCUCGUCCUCCUCAAUCGCAAGCGCAUUCAUCAUGUCUGAUCGGAAGCGUGGCGGCGCAACCCCCACCGCACGUGCCAGCGGCGGGGAUCGCGAUAUCCGCCUCGCUGUUAUCGAUCGUACAGAGCUCCUCCUCGCGCUCCUUGGGCGGAGCGGCGGCCACGGGAGGAAGCGGGGCCAGUCCCGCCGUCGCCCCGUCGUCGAUCGUGCAAUCUUCAGCAUUUCAGCCGCCGAUGGCAUCCUGCGCUUCCUCUGCGGAACGCCUCCUUGCGCCAUCCUCAGUAGCUCACGUCGCGCGCCCGCCGGCGCCGGGAUCCGGGCCGUCAUCGAGAGUCUCACCUGCUGCGCCGCCGGCCGCCUCGGCUAUGAUUGGUGGGGGGCAUCACUACUACUCCUUGCAGCAACCUUUCGCGACGUCAGCGGCGGUAUGCACGUCAUUGGACUCGUCUCCCCCUCGACAUGCUGCGGCUGUUGCUUGCGCAGCAGUCGGCAUGGCGUCGCCGUUGCAAACCCCCUUGUCGUCAGUCCCAUCGACAGGAAAGCCACCACCUAAUCUGCCGCGUCCGUC